UUUUUUAUCUUUUUUCGAUAAUCCGAACAACGAAAGCGGUUGGUUGGUGGUUCUAACGACGAAGAUCAAAGAAAACAAGUACAGAAGCUCUCGAAGCCCAGAGAGAGAGAGAGAGAACCAACCAUGUCCAAGAAAUCUGGUUCUUCAAUUGCACUGGAUGCUGAGAAGAGGGAAGAGAUUGAGAGAGUGUUCAGACGAUUCGACAUGAAUGGCGACGGCAAGAUAUCCUCCAAGGAGCUCGGCGACGUCCUACGAGCCCUCGGCACCGAGGUGUCGGCGGAUGAGGUUAAACGCAUGAUGGAGGAGAUGGACACCGACGGCGAUGGAUUCAUCGACUUGAAUGAAUUCGCCGACUUCCAUAGUUCCAUGAUUGGGGAAAAGAAGAGCGGUGAUGAGCUGAGCGAGUUGAAGGACGCCUUCGACUUGUACGACAAGGACAAGAACGGGUUGAUCUCGGCGGUGGAGUUGCAAAUGGUGUUGAAUGGGUUGGGAGAGCCGUAUACGGUUGACGAUUGCAGGCGGAUGAUCAGCUCCAUCGAUGCCGACGGUGAUGGAAACGUUAGCUUUGAGGAGUUCAAGGUGAUGAUGAACAAUGGAAGAGCUUCUGCUCAAUAGUUCUAAUCCUGUAAACAUCAAAAUCAAUCGAUGGAUGACGAAGCCAAACAUAUGUCUGUACAUGUGGUUUCAUGGAUUAAUCUCCGGUCUAUGUGUUUCGCUUCGUUUUUUUUUUUUUCUUUUGUUUCUGUUUGUGAUAUGAAUGAAUCUUGUCAAAGAAAACCAGAACGAAAGAACAUGAAUCGAUCAGCUCAAUUUCAUAGUUAUGGAAUUUUGUUUUUCUUUUAUCAUA